CAUAAAAGAUGACACUGAUUCAAAUUGGUUAGAAACUAAUCCACGUUAGCCUCUGAGCUUCCUUAUAAAAUUCUCGUUUGUCCCCAUUAAUAACAAUUUAACUCCUCACUCACUUUAGAUUCUUCUACUCUCAAAACACACAAUUUCCACCUCUUAAGAGAACAAAGGUAAGAGAUCCUCAUGUCGAUGUCUAUUUCUGGAGCCAUGCUUAGUGGGGUUGGCUCUUCGUUAUUGAUCAACGGAAGCAAGAAAAGCGACGGCGUAAGCGGUGGAUCAAUGAGUGUUGGCCGGAAGUAUGCGACCAUUACACCUCAGCGCAAGAAGUCAUGGGUCCUAGCCGCCGUGAAAGGUGAUGGAAAGUCAAAGAACGACCCCAAAUGGCUAGAUGAUGCCUCACAGAAAGCUGGCGAGUUCGUGAAGGACAUGGGGAGCGAAGUGGGGCACGUGACUGCUCAGAAAGGACAAGAAGUUAAAGAUCAUAUGGAGAGCGCAAGAAACUAUAUUGUUGAGAAAGCUGGUGAAGCGAUGGACACGGUGGCUGAAACUGCUAAGAAAGCUUCGGAGUUUGUGACGGAUAAAGGCAAAGAGACCAAGGAAGAAACUGUUUUAAUGACUGAAAAAGCUAAAGAUUUCAUUGUUGAAAAAGCUGAUGAAGCCAAAGAUUCGGCGACUGACAUGCGCAAGAAAACCGCUAAGUACGUUGGAGAUAAAGCAGCACAGGCUAAAGAAGCUAUAUUUCCUCCAAAAAACGAAGAAUAGAAUAUUGUAUAUUUAGGACACUAAACAUAUAAAGAACUUUGAGGCAGUAAUCUCAAAAGUAUAUUUUUACUUUCUGAGAAUAUAGUAUGUUUAUUUUGUGAGAGAAUAAACUGAUACAUAAAUAAGUACUGAUAUAGUCAGUGGCUAAUCUUUUUUUUGGUCA